AUGUCUUCGUCGUCGCGCAAGAUCUCCUCGGAGUCGUUCAGCAGCUCUGUGGGCUCAGACUGCGGGCUGGAAAGCCCUGGGGGAGACGCAGGGGAUGGAGGUUUGGAGCCGGCGGAGGAGAGCCGAGGCUGCCCCUUCUCCUCCCUACACUCUUCUCACAGAGCUGUGCUCUGGAACGGCCGCAGCCCCGCCGAGAGGCCGGUGUGUCCGGCGGGAGAGGAGCAGCAAGGACCCGGUGGCCCCCAUAAGAGGGUGACCAGGAGGAGACGGGUGAACCUGGACUCGCUGGGGGAGAGCCUGAGGAGACUGACCUCCCCCACGACACAGACUGUUCAGGAAGCUCUCCAGCGAACUCUACAUUUCUACAGACAACAAGAAAUCAGGUGUCAGGAAGUUGGCAGUGAGGAGAGACGGAGAGAGAGGAGAGAGAGGAGAGAUGAGAAGUGCCCAUUCCUAGAAAAUUCAGGUUCGGAAGAAGAUGUCCUACAAAUCCUGCAAUACAUGGCCACCAUACUGGGAGUACCGUUCUGUGAGCUGCGAGAGCACUUUGGAGAGGAGUUCUUCGGCCUCUGCUUUGAAGAAAAUGAACGAGUGCUUCGGGCUGUAGGCGGAAACCUCCAGGACUUCUUCAACGGCUUUGAUGCCAUCUUGGAACACAUCCGCACCUCCACGGGUCGCCGUGCCUCAUCUGAGAGCCCUUCUUUCCAGUGCAAGGAUCCCUAUGAGGAGGAGACAGGGAGGAGAAAAUUGGACAAAGUUGGAGAGCGAGGAGAAACAGAUGGCAGAGGGAAGGAGUUGCUUCUUCACUGUUUUAACCCGGCCCCUGUGGUUGGAUUGGUCAUGCCAGGGUUCAUUAGAGCUGUUGCCAGACGGAUCUUUUAUUCAGAAGUUGAGGUGGAAGAGGUGCCUCCUCUAACUCCCUUAUUGCCAAAUGUAGAUACAGAACACACAGACGGUGCCUCCACAACCCCAACCCCGACUGUGUCCCCCACCGCCUCACCCUCCUCGUCCCCGUCCCCUCCCUCUCCUUUCCAAACCUCUGUUCCCACAGUUUGCUUGUCCUUCCAAAUCCUGGAGACAAGCCCUCCUUCCCUCCCCUCCCUCCCAAAUUCUGCCCCGGUGACCACUAAACGCCCCCUCAUCUCACUGUCCAACAACCCCAGCGACCUGCGCAUUGGCCUGGCCACGUUUUGCCGUGCCUUUCCGUUUCACCUCGUCCUGGGGCCUCGCAUGGAGCUACUGCAGCUCGGAGAAGGAUUGAGGAGACAGGCUCGCAUUGAGCCUCACCGGUGCCUCUCGUUCAGGGACUGUUUUGAGAUUGUCUCACCCAAGAUGGAGCCUUCAUUCCAGGGCAUCCUGCUGAGGCUUGCAUCCCCAUUUACCAUCCGCACCAGGCCGGAUAUCACACAGUCUGGCACCAAGGAGAAGGUCAUGGAGCUGAAGGGUCAGAUGAUCCAUGUGCCCGAGUCCUGCUCCCUGAUGUUUCUGGGCUCGCCACGUGUCGACAAGUUGGAGGAGCUGAUGGGUAGGGGUCUCCACUUGUCAGAUAUCCCCAUCCAUGAUGCCACGCGAGAUGUCAUCCUGGUGGGGGAGCAGGCCAAGGCCCAGGAUGGUCUAAAGAAGAGGAUGGACAAACUUAAGGCCACGUUAGAGAAGACUCACCAGGCACUGGAGGAGGAAAAGAGGAGAACCGUGGAUCUCCUUUAUUCCAUAUUUCCGGGUGACGUGGCACAGAAACUGUGGCAGGGUCAGCCAGUGCCAGCACGCAAAUUUGAUGAUGUGACCAUGCUGUUCUCAGACAUUGUGGGAUUUACUGCUGUGUGUGCCCAGUGCACACCUAUGCAGGUCAUCUCAAUGCUGAAUGAGCUUUACACCCGCUUCGACUACCAGUGUGGCAUUCUGGAUGUUUAUAAGAUCGAGACAAUAGGCGAUGCUUACUGUGUGGCGGGAGGACUUCACAAGAAGGUCGAUAGUCACGCAAAGCCGAUCGCACACAUGGCUCUGAAGAUGAUGGAGCUUUCUGAAGAAGUGCUGACACCUGAUGGGAGACCUAUAAAGCUAAGGAUCGGGAUCCACACAGGUUCGGUUCUUGCAGGCGUGGUUGGGGUUAAAAUGCCACGUUACUGCCUGUUUGGGAACAACGUGACACUGGCCAGCAAGUUUGAAUCGGGGAGCCAUCCGAGGUGUAUAAAUGUCAGUCCCACAACUUAUCAGUUGCUGAAAGAUGACCGCUCCUUUUCAUUUGUCCCUCGCUCAAGGCUGGAACUCCCAGAUAAUUUUCCCAAAGAGAUCCCAGGGACAUGUUACUUCCUGGAGGCGGGAACAUCUCACAGCCAUGCCUCAUUGACCAGCUCUCGCUCCGCUCCCCCGGCCUCUAUGAGGAAAGUCUCCUACAGCAUUGGGACCAUGUUUCUAAGGGAAACAAGUCUGUAGGUACACGGACAAGGAUACGCAGAUAUUCAUAAUGAGAGAGGUGGAUUUGAACCCAUGGAACAUGCAGGGAACAGAUCACAGAGGAAGAAAUGUGAAUAUGCAAUGGCGUUCUGUGAAUACUUGACCUGUGGGCUGGCCAAUGGAUGAACUUUUGGAAAAGCUCUCAUCAUAGGUGAAAAAAAAACAACAUGCCCUCAUCUCACCUGAGCACAGAGAUAUGGUUCAUAAGACUUCAGGAACAUGGACCCGUCCCUAAGGAAGUGUAGUGAUGGGGUCGAUGAGCAGAGAAACCUUAAUAUAAAACACAGUGAUCUUACCAAGCUCCAAACCUGGUUCCUACUCUCCCAAACAGCACCCUGACAUUGGUCAAGAGGCAACAAUGCUUGGAGAAAGAUCAUUACCACUGUUGCACUCAUAAGCAAUGGAAUUUGGCAAACAGAACAUAUCCAAUUCCCAUUAACAAGGACGAGGCAGAGGAAUGAGGUUGUAUGAACUUUGAGAGGAUAGCAACAUUGUGCACCAUGGCCUCUUGUACAAGUAAAAACCCUGCGGAAGAACAAUACAACUCCCCUUUCAACUGUCCCUAAAUCAUGUCAUGCUUUACCAAACAUACUUCUAACAUCUGCUGCUCGUUACAUCCAUCUUCAAAAGGACAUUUGGUUGGUGUGAGGGAGGGGACGAAUGAGAGGCACAGACAAGGAGAUAGGUUUGAAAAGGGGCCAUCAAAGGACAAAUGCCAAAAACGCUACAGCUAAGCUGAUCUUAGAGCCUUUUCUGCUUCUAAUUCACAGGAAACUAUAACCAACAAUAAUACAGCCAUUUCAUUGCAGGUAGUAUGUUUAGGACUGAAAAUUAUUCCCAGCUCAGUGCCUUUUUACUGCUCAAGUCAGGACAAACACAAGAUGGGUUAGUUUUACAUAUUUGAAAAUCCCCCCAAAAAACACAAGAGCGCUUCGUUUAUUGAAUGUUUCUAUUUUUUUCUUAAUAUCGUCUCAUCCCUCUAGGCCACAAAAGUCACAACUAGUUACUAACUUUAAUUUCAGAGGGUAAUGAGUGACAGGAUAAAUGAAGCGCUCUGAAAUACUUCAAAUAUUUGAAAUUCUAUCCAUCUGUUUUUUGUCCGGAUCAACCAAUAAUACACACAAUAUAGUACUAAUAAUACUAACUUGUACACAUAGUCUAAGUAUGCAUGCUUGACACGGUUCACAUUUACAUGCGUAAUAUUUUUUAAUUGCAUUGUUUUUUACCACAUUUAUAUAAAAGUAUACACUAACCCAAUGCAAAUGUAACCAACAGGAUUCAAAUUUAAGUCUACUAGUUUUCUCGUAGACUUAUUGGAGUAUAAUUGACUCAGUGGAAAUCUCAGGCCUUCCAAAUACUUCUACGUAGCUGAGUAACCCAGACAUGGGACAAUAAGUUUUGAGUAAGAAAAGCUUCAUUAUCUGUAGACUUUGAAUAUUUGACAGGCUUGUCACAUUUGAAAACUUGCUUCAUGUAAUUAACAUUACCUUUCUGCCAUUGUUCUUAUUGGUUGUUGACAUCACAUAAAUGUGACAUCAGAGGAACAUACAUCAACUUUAAAUCAAAAGUUAAAUUAAAGUUGCUGCAGAGUUGGCCCACAGAGAAAAAUAUUUUAUUUAGCAUUAGUUUCCAUGAAAUAUGUCAUUUUUAUGUUGACAGAAAUGUUUUCUAUAAUCAAACAAAGUGCUUAGAAAUGUGUCAACAUCAGAUUCUACUUUGAGGCUAUUAUAAAUGAAAAGAGAAAGAUUUGAAAUCUAGAUUGUUGAAACUUGAAGAACUAAUACCUGUGCGUGCUUUCCCUUCUUAGUGUAGAAAAAAACAUUUAUUUUAUUAAUUGUACAACAGCAUCACAGUAAGGCUUACUUUACUGAUAAAGCGACCUACAAGACAUCAUACCUGUUGACGAUGGAAAACUCCAGCACAGGUUUUAUCUAUCUUUUCAAUCACAAACCUCCAACAGGAACAGAGGGGACUAUUAGGUUGCAAUUUCACUGCAUCUGAUAAAGGACACAGUUGAUGUAUCUCUAAAACUUAAAUGAAAUGUGCCAAUUUAUUUCUGAGACAACACCAGCACAGGCUUAUUGACAUAAAGGAUUUGGUUCCUGCUGUCAGGUCUUAAAGGGCAAGACCAGCAUAUUUCGAAAAACAAAACACUGUCAACUCUCUUGCCUUGCCAGGGAUACCUAAGGAAUAUAUGAUGGCUUGUAAGGAAAACAGGGAUUUUAGAAAAACAUUAGAAGGGGGUUUACUAAGGACACGACGUCUUUAAGGGGACUGUGCCCUCUAGCUGAGAUGGACACCAGCAUAACAAAGCAAUCUGCCAUAUAUGAAGACAUUAAGGGAGGGAAGCUAGAAAAGUCAAUUUUGACAUACCAGUGUUUGAAUUAGAUAGUUUACACGUUUUUGAAAUGUUGGUCAUUAUUGUCAUAAAUAUUUCCAACAUCAUUCCUCUGACAGCCGUAGCAUCAGUAAGCUAAAGUAUCCUGCUAAAUCUAAGCAAUGAAAAUUGGCAUUUUUUUGUGUUGUUUUUUUUCUUCUUUCAACCUAAAGUCUAUCCUUACUGUAAACAAACACCUAUGUUUUAAAUUGUCUCUGUUCCUUUAAGUAUACUAUGCAGUAUAUACUUCAUAGUGGAUUAGCCAACACUGUCAACUAAGCAUAAAUUAACUAAGUCAAAGUGUAUUGACUCUAAGAAAUAAUGCCAACUAAACUAAGUCAGAGUAUUAUUUUUUGCUACACCAUGAAAGCAGCUGAUAUAUGUUGUUGACAUUGUAUUGCUUUGUGGCAAAAGAGCCAGUACAGUUCCUGAGACUAUUGAUGAAUAUUAAAAAAUGUUUGCGAAAACCAUAAUCUGCAACACCUACCUCGACAUCAGGGAAACACACUUCAUGUAGGCCCAUACUGUAGGGAUCCUUCAGCGGCUAAGACGAUUAGCACAACAUUUGUCUUCAUGGUAACGAAAAGUUAAAUAGGUUUAAUGUAAUUGCCAAAUACACCAGAGGAUAGUUCAUACGGGAAGUUUCCCAUGUCUUUAAGGCCUGAGAAAAUGAAUACCGCUUAGCCUUAUUUUGACCUGAUGGUAUAAAAAUAAGAUAAUCAUUUGGAACGGUUAAAUGGACCAUUUUAAGCUCUGUUUUAAUUUAAUCAAAAAAACAAUAUUCCAUAUGGAAACAUGAACACAUAAGUCAUGUUCCAUAAGACACACAUUCCUUGUGUGUGCACUUGGGAACACAGGACAGGCAUCAAUUUGAUGUGACACAUGGAGGAAGGCGUAUAGAAACAUAGCCUCUCAGUUAGUACACACUCUAGUCCCGGAACCAAGAAGACACGAUCAAAUAUAUACUGUAGAUCUGCAGGACUGAGUCUACAACAUGGAAAUGAUUUAGUCUUUUUGCUAAAAUUCAAGUGGUGUUUUGGUUACAUGCACUUUCAAACGAGUGACAAAAUAAGUCAUUGCCCUGAACAGUUGUCGGCCUAGAACUCAGUGGUGUUGACAUAAAGUAAUGCAACCGUGGUGUAGUUUGUUUAUAGCCUAAUGUAUGUUUUAACCUCUGGUGAAGAUUCAAAAAUAUGGCACACCUGCAGCAUUGGACAUAUUAAAGAAAUUCAUAUUAAUGAUACAUACAAAAUUCAGUUCAUGGACAUUCACAAAGCAUUGUAUCCAGUGACAUGAAAACUGAAUUUCCUUAGGGUACUCAUAAGGUAGCUGAACCACUCUUAAGUGUAUUUGACAGUUGUAUUAUUGAGCCUGGGGUGAAGUUUUUCUAGGCGUUCACAUUAUAGAGAUGUACUCUCUGACUGCCAUCCUAGCGAUAUUCUACAGUGCAUACAUGCAUCAAUGUGUACUUAAUAAAUCUAUUGUAGCAUAAAUGUAGUGUACUUUACACUCAACUUCAUCAGUGCUUAAAUUCUUCAUCGAGGCUAUUUAAAGGACAUUGCGUUACACCCACGCAACUUGUGUCCAACGCUCAUGUGUCCAAGUCUGUAAAUUCUCAGCAUAAUAGUCAACGUUUGGUCACCUCUUACAAUUCUUGCUGUUAUGAUGGGGAUGGUUUGCAGGUUCUGGUUCUCUAUAUUGUUAUUGUCACUUAUAGUCCAUUACACUGCAUUGCAUACUGUAGGUCACUUACUCAUACACAAGGGGACAUUACAGUUACAGUGGCAAUACAACUGAGCUAUGCUGGAAUAUUUGUGUCAAACAAUGAACAUGAAUAAAUGUUGUCAUGAGCCUGAGGUAAGUGUGGGAGGGUCCAGUGUCCAGUGAGACAAAGCCAAAUACAUCCGUAACUCAGAUACUGUGUGUGUGUGUGUGUGUGUGUGUGUGUGUGUGUGUGUGUGUGUGUGUGUGUGUGUGUGUGUGUCAAAUCACAUAAGGAUAUAUGAGUGCGCAGAUAAUAAUUUGUUAAUAAAGGCCUGUUGUACCUGUAACAAAUCUGUACAAUUAAGAACUAUUUAAUAUAUGACAUUGAGAAAUGGAAUUUGUACUAGAAUUAUAUUGCAGGUUUGUUUUGUAUAAUUCACAACAUGAUUUUCACAUUUUCCACUGCUUUGUUGUGUGUUUUCUAAAUCAGAUGCUUUAUGUCAGUACAUGUGCCAUCUAAAGCCAGGCUGGUUUUCCCAACAUGCCACAUAACCUUUCCACUCUUAAGUAACGUUUAUAUUCUCACGAAUCAUGAAAAAAGUUGUUUAUUUUUCCAUUUACACUAUUGUCAUUUUUUCCCCCACAUCAUGUUUUGAUUGGUUUUCUUAAAUGAUGGAAACAUUUCCUUCAGACGAGAAUGUCGAUGUCAUUUUUAUUGAAAGAUAAAGUUGCUUAACAUAGGAUUUUGCAGGACAAUGUCAUGAACUGUCAAGAUCAUCUUUCCCCCGACUGACUUGCAGGACAAAUGGUCUAAGCUGAUGGGGAACUGGUACAUAUAUUUGUUUUACUAAUAAACCUGGGAUUAACAGCAGAAACAAACAUGGUGGAUGCUUAUCAUCCAUGUCCAGGGUCCCAAAAAAAAUCCAGCCAUUGUAAAGGAUGCAUAGUACUCCACUCAUCAAUCUCACAUGAGAAUAGUAGCUUCCAUAACAUUUGUACGCCAGCUCACUUUGAAGCUUAAUAAAUAUUUGUGACAUUUAACAAUUUAACAGAGUGUUACGUGUCCGAAAUCUGGUCAGUGUUUUGUACUUUGUCAUGUUGUAAACAUACAGAGCUGACCCUGGACAUGAACCCUGUUUGUUUGUUAUUGGAAUCAGGUGUGUAUGUAGAAGAGGCUUGAUGACAUUAAGGGCACAUCUUCUGUCUAAUAUGAUGUAAAUAAA